AACAAACAUUAAAAAGAUACUUAAAAUAACGUAAGUACUAAGAAUCAUUCAGCAAUGAAGUUUAGUAAAGAUCUAGAAUAAAUAUGUUUAUCAAAAAUAAACUAAAAAAAUGCCACUUGAACGUAGACCCGGUGCAUAUAAAAGCCCUGCACAACUAUCAGAUUUUGUAUAGCAUCAAACUGUCCUUUCACCCAAUAACAGUAGAUCGAAGAUCCAACAAUUCAAAAUGAAAGUCUUACUUAGUGUCUUUGCAGUAGUUACCAUAAUGGCCCUAUUCGUCUUUGCUGAAGAGGAAGAGGUGAAGCCAAGGAUAUUCCGAGGAUUUGACAGUGAUCCUGAACCACCAUGCAACAAUACAGAGUGCCUUGAAACCUGCAGAAAUCAUUCUGCUAUAUUUGGUCUUUGCUUCCUAGGACAAUGUUAUUGCGUACGUUGGUAGACCAUUGGAUAAUUCAUCACUUCUUAUAAUACAGGAAUUUAAAAUAAAUUAAUUUAUUGAAAUACGCUGUUAUACGUCUUUUCUACUUCAUCGACAUCUUGUCAACUAUAUACCGCAAAGAUAUGGGGCUACAACGGUUGCAACGUUGUUGAUGGCAUUGGAAAUUCAAGUUUCUUUCAAAGUCUUCAAGUACCCGCCUAGAGGUGAUUGGGAUUAUUUUUUAUACCAGUACAAGGGAAACAUACAGAAUAUAAGAAGCAAAAGUCUUUGCAGUUAAGAUGGGCAUGGGUUAGAAAAUAUAUCACCUGUGGUUUUUAUAUCCGUAUUGGUAUUCUUUAUACCUGAAUUUUUUUUGUUAAAAUCCUCCGAAAUAAAAGACAAAGCUUGUGGAGAUUUUCCCUCGUCGCUACUGAACUAGUUUCCAAAAGCCAGAAAGCUUAUUUGUUCUUGAAAUAGUAGUCACCUUGUGCAAGAGUUCCAUCCAAACCCCAAGCAGGACUUUCCAAGUUAACCAAGAGGCCAAUGAUUAGCGGACAGACAGACGGAAAUGGGUAUCAUGGUCUUACAUGAUGUAAAGUUAUAUGAGAUUCAAAAAACAUAACCUAUUUUCCUGCUUCAGAGAUGAUACUAGUGAGGGCGGUUCGUAGCUUCUUUGCCCGAAGCUGUACGAUCUAUACCAGUAGUCGCCUACCCGGCGAUCGCGAGCUACCGAUAGGCUCGCAGAGGCGAUUCUGGUGGUAAGAA